AUUUACGUGCAAAAGUCAAUCACACGCAAAUCAAAUCACAAUAGUCAUUACGCACAAAAGUAUAAAUUUUUAGUGUAAUGAUCUUUAAAAUAAUUUAAAAUGUUGUGGUAUCUGCCAUGGUCUGAAAGUAUCAAGAAGAGGGCUUGCAGAUAUCUAUUACAACGCUACCUUGGAAAUUUCCUUGAAGAAAAACUCACUUUAGAUCAGCUGAGUGUGGACCUAUACAAUGGAACAGGAACGGUAUGCGAUGUCAGCCUUGACUGCGAGGCACUCAAUGAACUGGGUGACUCACAAAAUUGGCCGCUGGAAAUCGUGGAUGGUCAGAUGCAAGAAAUUACAGUGACUAUACCCUGGUCGACAUUAUUAAAAGAUGAUUCUAUUGUUGAAGUCAAUGGAUUGUCACUUACAGUACAACCUAAAGUCCGAGCUGAACCAGUGUCGUCCAUGUUGGAAUCAAUGUGGUCAUCCAUGUCAUCAUCAAUGCAACUUGCUGCGGAAUGUCUCCGGGAAGAAGCGGGACCACAGGAAUCCAACCCGGUGGAGGGGAUUGAAAUGUUUGCACAUGCUAUUGACUCCGUUUUAAGCAGAGUGAAGGUUAAAUUUGUUAAUACAAAAAUAAGAAUUGAACAUGUGCCCAAAAAUGGUGUCAAAGGGAUCGCUUUGGAAAUUCACAUACAAAACAUUGAUUACUUCGACGAGGCCGGUACAGAACCGGUUCCAGAAACAACCGAUCCUGGCCAAUCAAAAACAUACAUAGUUUCAACAUACACAAACAAGAAGAUAAAAUUCAACGGAGUCACAUUAUACGUGGAUGAGUUCCCAUCAAAACUUAGGACCAUGGCAAGAAAUCUUACUAUGGAGAAAUCUGUCUCAUCCCAAGCGGAUAAAUCUGAGGCCGCGGAGACACCAGAUGUUAACUACCAAAGUACCAUUUCCGAUGUAUUUUAUGAAACAAGAAGUGUUAUAUCAACAAUCGAACCAGAUCCAGUCAAAGAAAUAAUCGGUGAAGAUACUCAAAGUGGAUCAAGAGAACCAACUCCUGAGGAAAAAGCUAAACAACCUGAACCAAUAGUGUUUGCUAAGUUAACGGGACAACAGGAAUUGGCACUCAAAUUGAAGUAUUCCGAAGAAGUUGAGGGUCCUAAAGUUGAAGUGAAAAUGUUGUUAGGAUCGCUCAUAGUGUAUUUGACUCCUCGACAGUUGCAUACACUGUUUGAACUUGUUGAUGCUUUAAAUCAACCUGAUUUGGAAGAUACAAGCAACUUACCUCUCCGGCAAAGUGGUGUGAAUAUGCAAUGCAAACCAAUGAAGCAGGCCGACUUCCAACUGAUAGAAGCUCAACUGCAAGGAAACUUGGAACGGCAGAGUAAACCACAACAUAUGUAUGGCUGGUCCGGUCCUAGUUUUGAAGACAGUGAUGCAGAAAGUGAGAAGUUCCACCCGAUGACCACCAACCAAAUGACUGAAAGUUUCACAUCCUCUGUGAGCUCUAUGAGCGCCAGUAUGACGUCAAGUGUCAACAUGCCGACUGCACAGCCGAGGAUCAAGAGGAAUAAGAGAGUUCCGCAUAUAGACGGAGAUCCAACAGCAGAGGUCUCGCACGUUAGCCUUAGAAUGGCUUCAUUUUCUUGCGUAUUACUACACAAGGAUAUAUUAGUGGGAACUCCAAUGGGUACGGAUUACAUAUCUCCCGCAUCCAUUGUCAAAAUGCAUGAAGCUUCUAGAGAGUUCUUUGACAACGUCGAAUUGUUCUGUCGAAGUGACGACCGCAGAGAGAACCAUAAAGUUAAUGAUGCAUUAGAUAAAGCUACUAAAAGAAAUCAUUUAAGGAUAUUAACAACAGAGAUGAGUUUAGAUGGCAGUGAGAAGGUGACGUCACACGGCAGUCAGACGCUCUGUGAAGCCGCCAUCAAGAACUUUCUAGUAAGAGAAUGUCUUUACGACCAAUCACAAGACGACAAACCUCAAAGUUAUGAUUUAAUCAAAUUUGAAAAUAAAGAUGAUCCCGAUCUUAGUAAUAACGUACAGACGCCCAAUAUAAAAAUUAAUUUCAAACAAACAUCUAAGUAUAUGAGAAUAUCGGGCGAGAAGAAACUCGUCUCACCUACCACGGAUAUUGUAAUGAAAUGCAGUCCUUUCUUCGUGGAUGUGGAGUUAACAUUGAUAGACCGGAUGUCGGCCACCUUCACCUCGAGUAACGCCCGCGCCUCGCAACCACAGAACCAUAUUAACUUCGCACUGCAUUGCCCACAACUUAAUGUUAUACUCAGGUUCCCUAUAGCGGAUCUCCGUAGUAGUGUGAACCAUGAAGCACGUCGUGUGCGAGCAGACUACCUGAUGCUGCAGCUGCAGGCGGCGGCAGCAGGCUGGGUGCAGGCAGCCAGUGUACGGCCACUGCCUACCACACUUACACUGAAAGCCACCACCAUACAACUAUACUAUUGUGAAAACGAUCAUUUACCACCCACACACGUGGCUCAGUCGACAAUGGACGCCGCGUCGUUUGAAGGAAACAUCCUUAAAGGCAAUACAACUACACCAUUACCGAUGAUAUCUCUUACAUUCCUGCCACGGGAAUCGAACAGAGGUCCAUUCGAUUCGUUACACGAGGAAAUGAAUUUCGAACCAAAACCACCUAAUCCAAUGACAACUUCCAUGUACAUUAUGAACAACUUGAGGAGUUCCUCACCAAGUCCUUUUAGUGGUAAAAAGACCGCCCAUCAAAGUAUUACCAAACAAGAAAAUAAUCAACAAGCCCAUGAAGAAGAUCUGAUAGUGCCCGGUACUGAUGAGGAAAUGGCGGAGUUCACGAACAGUUCUGUGGAGAAUUCUUACAUACAUCUUGAUUUCAACCUGCCGAUACUCAGCCUGCAAUUAGAAUCAAAACAGUUGUACGAGAUAAUCUACAACCGUAUAAACUCUGAUUUGCUACUGUGGGAGCCGCACGCCGCGGAGCAGUACGAGAUCAGUCCGCACAUUGGUGGCAUUUACCCCGCAUUUGGUAUCUGCAAAGGAACUUACGAUUCAGAUACUGAAAGUUCAUCAUCAGAAGAGGAGAAUCUAUAUUAUUCAACGUAUGAUAACAAAUUAAAAAAGGGAAUCGGAAAUUCUCGACAAUUACCCGAAAGCAAAGAGAGUGAGAAGCACAACUUUUGUCUCACUCUUAAAGUUGGCAAAGGUCUUAUGACUAUCUUCGCACCUGUCAGAGAUGCCAACAAGCGCGUGGUCCCCGGACAAAUGGGUGAAUUAGUGCUAGAAGCUCAUAGACUGAGCAUGUGCCAACUGAGUGGUCUCAAUGGACGAGCGAAGACCGCACAAUUAUGUCUUCGUUCGGGAAAAGUCACAUUAUAUCAUGAACCUCUCCUCUCAAUACCAUCAGAGAAGCCUCCACUGCGUCUUUACGGGACAUCUCUACCAUUACAUUUAAAGACCACGAUAUAUCCUUCCAACAACGGAAUUAUCAUCAAAGAUCGUCUCCAACCAAAAGACAUGUUCUCUCUCGCGUUAAAAACUGAUCCUGACAGCGAGACUCCCAAUUUAAAAACGAUCUGCAUAGCGAUAGGCAUAGAGCAGGCGACGCUGCGCCACCGCGGCGACAAGGGCAUUGCGUGGCUGAGCCAGCUGCUGGACGUGCUGGACGUGCUCGACUACCCUGUACCCGGGUACACGCCCUCUACCGUACUCUCAGAGUUACAUGUACACGUAUGGGACUGCGCUAUAGAUUACAGACCAUUAUACUUGCCGAUACGAACAAUCCUAACUCUGGGCAACUUUAGUGUAUCAAGCAAUCUUAUUCCGGAGACGAAUACGUCAUGCUUACGGUUCCUGGCGCAGGAGUGCACGCUGUUCCUCUCGCAUACUGGUGCUAGAACGAACGACCAGGUCCCUCAAGAUGAUGAGAAACCUCCCGAAAUACAGAGGGACUACGUGUGUGUCAUUGAUGUGGGACUGUUCGAGUUAGCGUUAAGAACUGAAGACAAGGCUAACAGUUCAGGUGAACAGCCCCAAGUGGAGGUGACAGCGAGCAACAACCAGGUAAGCGUGCAUACCUGCUGGGACUCCGCAUCAGCGUUGUGCCGGUUACUGACGUACGCGGCGGCGGAUGGGGACACGCGACCCCCCGCAGCCGCCCCCGCGCCACAACCCUCGCCCCGUCACAGUCUCUGCUCAGACCCACCCCUGGACACACUCGUCGGUCUUGACGAUCGACCCAUAGAAGAAAUAAGGGAGUUAUCACCUAGUGAAAUUCAACAAGUCAAUGAUCUCAUGGCCGAAGCGAUGAAAGAAAGUCCAAAUAAUACAAUUGAUGAAAACGAAUUAAACAGUUCGACUGAAAAAGAGGGUGUUGAAAUAUUCUUUUUCCCUGACGAGUCUAAUAUGAAACUAAAACAGCCAUCAUCUGAAGCUAUCAAUUUGGAUACUGAACCGAAAUCGCUAGAGGAUGACAAUUUACCAGCCGAAGAAGUUUUAGACACAAAACCUCCUUUAUUACAAUCUACUAAAGACGUCACGGAUACAUCAACACCUAAAAAUACUCCUAAGAAACCUAAACGUAAAAAGAUCAAAUCAGUCGGAGACGGCAGUAACACAGAUGACGAAUACUGUAUCGUGGACAACGGCGGGUGCGGACAAGACAAUGAGAUGGACGAGCCAGUGGUGCGCUGGCUUUGCCCCGGGCCAGUCUAUAUGAUAGACAACCACUUCACUGUACCCGCGGCCAGGACUGACGUGCUUAAAGCACCUAAGAGUUUCCCGAUGCCGGUGUUACGGUACACGCUACGAGAGAUGAGUUUAACUUGGAACAUGUAUGGUGGGAAUGACUUCACCGCGGCCGGGGACGUUGCCACCAAAAAGACCGUUACCAUCGAAGACAAGCGAUCACAUGGCUCUCCUACAAUAUCCAAACGGAGUAAGGAGUACGAGCCGUACGAGAGCGGGCGCGCGCUGGCGGAGGCGUACCGGCACGGGGUGCGGUGGGCGGCGGGCAAGGAGCGCGUGUGCGCCGCCCCCGCGCCCCCGCACCGCGACCUGCGCUCGCGCGGCGGCCGCGCCCGCGACCACGCCACCUGCGUCAAACUGACACUCGCUAAGGUGAAGUUCGUGCACGAGGUGUACGCGGGCGGCGCGGCGCAGGCGGCGCGGCAGACACUGGCGGUGGGCAAGCUGGAGGUGCUGGACCGGCUCGUGCGCAGCGACAUCAACAAGCUGCUCGCGCACUACAAGCUCAAGGACGAGCCCGACAGGAACAACGCACACAUGGUGGUGGUGAAAGCUGUUCAUCUCCGUCCCGAGCCGCAGCUGAGCGCGCAGGAGUGCUGCCUCAAGGUGUCGCUGCUGCCGCUGCGAUUCAACCUCGACCAGGAUACUCUCGCAUUCCUCGUCUCCUUCUUCUCCAAGCUCGGCUCUGAUGAACCUGCUGACGAGGACAGCAAGAGCGUGUCGUCAGAGGGCGGAGCGAGUGCGGGGGCGGGGUCGCGGCAGACCACGCCCACACACCGCCCGCCCGUCAUGAGCAUCGCCAGCCACCUGCGGGACCCGCCGCCCACGCCCACCUCCAUAGGCGACGCGGACUCACUCUCACUCAACGAUACAGUGCUCCGUGACGACGAGCCACUAAUGGAGACGUAUGAAGCAGAGCGUCUCGUCUCCGAGAACCUGAUCCAGCUGGAGGAGGACUUCCAGAAGCUGGCCGUGGGUCAGGAGAAGCCUGCUGCCAGGAUGCCAGUAGAUAACGAACCCCUCGAUGACUCACCUAUAUACUUCAGACGCGUGGUGUUCUCGCCGGAGGUGCCUAUCCGGCUGGACUACGUGGGCAAGCGCGUGGACCUCUCCGCGGGCCCCGUGGCCGGCCUGCUCAUGGGCCUCGGACAGCUCAACUGCUCCGAACUCACACUCAAACGACUCGAUUACAAAUUGGGUCUCCUGGGACUGGAGAAGCUGGUGCAGUGGGCGCUGCACGAGUGGCUGUCGGAUAUCAAGCGGCACCAGCUGCCCGGCCUGCUCAGCGGCAUCGGGCCCAUGCACUCCCUGCUGCAGCUCAUAAGCGGCAUCCGCGACCUGGUGUGGCUGCCGGUGGAGCAGUGGCGGCGCGACGGGCGGCUGGUGCACGGCCUGCGCCGCGGCGCCGCCUCCUUCACCGCGCGCACCGCGCUCGCCGCGCUCGACAUCACCACCCGCCUGCUGCACCUCAUACAGGCAACAGCGGAGACGGCGCUGGACAUGCUGACGCCGGCGCCCUUAGCGCUGGCGGGGGGCGCGCGCCGCCGCCGCCGCGACCCCGCGCGCCGCCCCGCUGACAUACGCGAGGGCGUCGCCAGCGCUUACACCACCGUCAGAGAGGGUUUCGCGGAGACGGCAGCAUCAAUGUCGCUGGCGGCGCGGUCUUCGCGCGUGGGCGUGCUGCGCCAGCUGCCCGGCGCCGCCAUGACGCCGCUCGCGCUCGCCGCCGCCGGCGCCGCCGACGUGCUGGGCGGAGUACGCGCCGCGCUCGCACCGCACGCGCACCGCGAACACGCUGACAAGUGGCGGACCGCAGAAUCCGCAGCGGAAUAGAUGAAAAUUCAUCAUAAAAUAAGAUCUCUAAUCUUUAUUAUAAUUAUUGUUUAAGACAUGCAUUGCAUGAAAAAAAAAAAUAUCGAGCAACUUUUUCCCACUAGCUCAUGCUAAAAUAAGCUUGUAGUUUUACGUUGACGAUUUAUUUUUUACCGUUACAGUCACGAUAAUUCAGUUUUUAUUAAUAUCUUCAAUGAUUAUGUUUUAGUUCCUUAAUAUCUCAUGUAACUUUGGUUUUAAAAUUGACGCUUGUAUCAAUACAUAUUGUUUUACCUUCCACACCGCCCAGGGCGCCUUUGGGCGAACGCCCAGGGCACCUAAUAGGGGCCAUAGGGCCUGUAAAUAACUCACUUAACAAAACAUUCCCCUUUCAGUAGUGGUAUAGGGCGUUGUAAAAUCGCCUAGGGUGUUAAAAAUAAAUCUCGGUCGUUUAUUACUUGAUAAAACAGAAACAGCAAUAUGUAUUAAUUCAAAUGUAAAUGCAGUGGAACUCUACUGUUAUUUUUAAAUGGGCUGUGUAUCGAAGCUGAAUACAUAUACACCGGUGAAUACGCAUUCCGUACAUUAUGUAUGGCGUUAUUUUUAUUUUUUACUUUCCGUGUAGAACACAGAAAAGGUGCUUCAAUAUCGAUAUAGCAUUUUAGAGCAUUUAAUUGCUUUAUAUAGAUGUAAAUAUUUUUUUAUUAAUAAUUGGAAUGACUAUCGGGUGCCAUGACAUGUAUGGAAGAAUUGCUAUUUUUAAAAACUGUGGUAUUUUAACUUUUUAAACGAUUUUAAAAAAUAUUAGUUUAAAAUCAUAUUUUUUGAAAUCAUUCAAAGUGUCAAGAAAUGUUUAGUUUUAUUUUUAUGAGUGAUAUCUUCGUAGAUUUUAGGUUACUGAUCAAUUAAUUUGAAUUACAUGUAAUCAAAUUUUUAUCAAUAAAAAAAAUUAAAACGAA